GCGGGACGAGUGGAAGUGCAGGGCCUGCGGGGCGAUCAACUACUGCAAGGCUCUCGCAGCUGGCUACUUCUUCCCGAGAGGCCGCAUCGAGUGCAAUAGGUGCAAGGCGCAGAAGCCUUUCGAGGAGGACCCGUACAGCGGCUCCCGGGCUGUGCGUGGCGCGCUGCCGCCGCGCAGCCGGAGCAGUCGGAGCAGCAGCAGCAGCAGUUCCCGCAGCAAGAAGAGGCGCAGGAGCAAGUCGAAGGGCAAGAAAAAGAAUAAGAAGAAGAAGAGCAGGAAGAAAAAGUCGAGCAGCUCCAGCAGCGCGGGUAGCAGUUCCUCCAGUGGGCCGGCGAAGAAAAAGGACUCGGGGCGCUCGCGCUCGAAGAGCGGCGAGCCCAAAGUUGUGGCUGGCAAUGGUGGCAGCGAGAGCGCAGCCGGCGUAGACAAGGCAAAGGCGGAGGCAUUGGAGAAGUUGUUGAAGCUGAAGGACAUACCAGAGAAGGACAAGCGUAUGGUCGCGUGGAGGGCCCUGCUGCGGGAGUGGCACCCCGACAAGAACCCGGACCACGUCGAGGUGGCGACAGCUGUCUUCCAGUUCCUGCAGAAGGGAAAGCAGCUUCUGAACGAUCAGGCGUAG